CCAGGUUUCCAAAGAAUCCACAACAACACAACGUGGACAUUUAAAACGUUAUGGACGCGAAAGUAAUGUUUUUAAGCAAAAUACUCUUGUCUUUAAAAAAUAAAUUAUUUGAUGUUUAAAAUCUUUCUGUAGUUCCCGAAUUACAAACUUUAGUUUCUGGAUAAACUGUUAAACAGGGCAAGUGAAAAAAAUGACGGAGGAAAAGGCUCAGAAGCUAGAAACUGAAGAAAAUGUCUUUGAGACACUGGAAAAGGACUUUCAGGAAGUGCUUAACGAGCUCAUGGGAGAUAAGAGCCUUGAAAAAUUCCGGGCAGAAUAUGAGAAACUCCAUAAAGCCCUGAAGAAAUCCCAUGAGAGUGAGAAAAGGCUUAUGGCAAAAUGCAGGGAGUUAAACGCGGAAAUAGUAUCCAACUCUGUCAAAGUUGCAACAGCAUUGAAGUUGUCUCAAGAAGAUCAAACGACUAUUACGUCUCUGAAAAAGGAGAUAGAAAAAGCCUGGAAAAUGGUUGAUUCAGCCCACGAGAAAGAACAAAGGGCAAAAGAGACAAUCCAUUCACUGAAACAGGAGAUUUCUAACCUAACAAAGCUUGUUGAACAAGGCGCUGGCUUGUCAAUAGGCCAGGAACACGGUGUGAAUGAUUUAUUGAAAAUCAAAGAAGACCUCACAAAGGAAAGAGAUGAACUUCUGACUGAAGUAGUGAAUUUGCGAGAAAGCCUUACGAAGGCCACUGCCAAGCAGCAAGAGAUCGAGGCCUUGAAAGAAAAGUCCUUUGAGACUAUCUCACAGCUCCAACAGGACAUUCAGGUUCGCCAGAAUGAAUGUUCUCGUGAGACUCGGAGGAAGGAGAAGCUGGAGAAGGAAGUGAAGCAGCUGCAGGCUGAUCUGGACGCCAAACAGUCGGAAAUCAAAUCGCUCAAUCUGCAGAGCCAGUGGAGCAAAGAGGAGCAGCAGAAGCUGGAGCAACAGCUGCGGGAGCAGAAGAUUCUCAAUGAGCGAGCAACAAAAGAGCUGGAGCAGAUGCACGUUAGGAAUACAAAACUCCAACAGGAGAAUGAGCAGAACUCUCUGAGUAUGGAGCAGCUAGCCCAAGAGAAUCAGCAAAGAGCUACAGAUCUUAAGGUGAGGGAAGAAGAGGUGAAUCAGAUGCGUCAAGAGAUCUCAAAACUAACUAAGAUGAGAGAAGCCACCCAGAGGAAAUUGCGUCAGAUUGAAGAUCAGAAAGUGGAAGUGGAGCAGCAGAGGGACAUGCUGAAAAACCAGAUCGCUGGGAUGGAGAGAGAGAUGGAAGCGUCAAGAAAGCAGACAGAGAUUGACAAGAAAUCUAUAGAAGAAUUGAUGCGAGAAAGGGACAUUUUAAACAAAAACAUGAUAAAGGCCGCUAAUGCUACUCAGAAGCAGAUGAGCUUGGUGAAGCUCCAUGAGCAAUCAAAGAAGAACCUUGACCAGGAGAUUCAAAACUACAAGGAAGAAGCUCAGAAACAGAGAAAGAUCAUUUACCAACUGGAGAAGGAGAGAGAUCGCUACAUUAAUGAAGCGAGUGAUCUCACUCAUAAGGUCCUCCAGCACAUGGAAGAUAUUAAAGUGAGGGAAAUGCAGAUUUUUGAUUACAAAAAGAAAAUUGCAGAAGGAGAGACAAAGCUCAAACAGCAACAGAACCUUUAUGAGGCAGUCAGAUCUGACAGGAACCUGUACAGCAAGAACCUCAUUGAAGCUCAAGAUGAGAUUACUGAAAUGAAGAAAAAGUUGAAGAUCAUGAACCAUCAGAUUGACCAACUUAAAGAGGAAAUUAAUGGGAAGGAAACAGCUCUUGUAAAGGAACAUCUGGAAUUUCAACGUGUGGAAAAAGAAAAAGAGGCUCUCAAGGCUGAACUGCAAAAGAUGAAACAGCAGGCUCAGGAGACAAAGCAGUUCAUUGACAAUCAGGAGGCAGAAGAGAGAAAGCUGCUCAAGAUCAUAGCUGAUGCUGAUGCUGAAAGGCUCCGACAGAAGAAGGAAUUGGAUCAGGUAAUCAGCGAGCGUGAUAUUCUGGGCACGCAGCUAGUGCGGCGCAAUGAUGAACUGGCACUCUUGUAUGAGAAGAUUAAGAUCCAGCAGUCAAUGCUGAACAAGGGAGAGAUCCAGUAUAACCAAAGGGUUGAAGACAUCCGGCUACUCAAGAUGGAGAUUAAGAAGCUGAGACGUGAGAAGGGCAUCUUGGCCAAGACCGUAGCCAACGUGGAAGAUCUUAGACGAGAGGUUUAUCACAUGCAAAGGGAACUCCUGAAAGAACGGACCAGGUGCAGGGCUUUAGAGGAAGAACUGGAAAACCCUAUGAAUGUCCAUCGAUGGAGAAAGUUAGAAGCAAGCGACCCAAGCACCUACGAGCUGAUCCAGAAGAUUCACACUUUACAGAAGCGACUGAUUACAAAGACUGAGGAGGUAGUGGAAAAGGAGUUGUUAUUACAGGAGAAAGAGAAGUUGUAUGUAGAACUGAAGCACAUCCUUGCAAGACAACCUGGACCUGAAGCAGCAGAACAGUUGCAGAUUUACCAGCAGACACUGAGAGACAAGACUAAACAGCUUAAGGCUUUAUCAUCGGAGCUGAACAUGUAUGAGUCUCAAACUCAGGAUUACAAAUAUGAGAUUGAGAGAUUGGCUCAUGAGCUGCAAAAUGUCAAGAAAAAGUAUCUCACUCAGAAGCGCAAGGAACAGCAGUCCAGGGAGAAAGAGAGAAGCCUGGCUCAGGUGGGACAGCCUUUAAUUCAGCCUCAGCGUAGUGAGGGCCCGCGCUUCACUGGAGGAGGCUUCAGCCUCAAGCAGCCUGGGAAAAUAACAGCAUAGAACGAACAGAACCUGCGCUUUGUGCCUGUGAUCCCGCCGUUUCUGUCAAAUAAACCGAUCCCUCUGUUAUCUACACUAAUGAACUGAUGUGAAGAGCAUAUGCAAAUUCUAAUUUUUUCUGCUUUGUAAAGAAUGUGCUUAAAUGUCUCACCACAAAAGAAAAAGUCCCUUUACAGCUGAA